AUGGGGUGCUAUUCCUCGUAUCAACACAUGGGUCCAAUGCAUGCCCGUUAUGUGUAUGGGGUGCUAUUUCUUAUCGCCAAUUUUACAGCAUGGGGAUUAAGAGAAAACCCCAUACUGUUCUUUGAUAUACAGCGACGCAGUGGUUGUCACGGCAACCGUGACUGCUUUGCAGCUGAAGCUGUCCUCAUGAUCAGCUUUACUUUAUUCCUCUUUUUCUCUGCUAUGUUCUUGUCCACCGCGUACACCAGAAGUGUACAUGACCUUAGGAGUGCUUGGCACUCCAAGCGGUGGGAGCUAAAGAUUCUGCUCCUGGCGUUUUGCUUCGGUGCCUCUAUAUUUGCACCAACCUCCAUGACCCAACUCUAUGGGAAAGUUGCACCUUUUGGAGCAGGGCUAUUUCUUAUUAUACAACUAAUGAGUGUAAUAAGGUACAUCACACGACUUAACUCCAGAUGGUGCGGCCAAGCAAAUUUUGACAACCAUCGUUGUAAAGUCAUCACGAUCUCUAUACUUGCGUACGUUUGCUCUAAUGUGGGGAUCAUAGUUAUGGCCUUCUGGUACAUGAGCUCUUAUUUGGACGUCUGGUUGAUUGUCUCUACGCUGGCGUUGGUGUACAUUAUGCCUUUAAUCUCAUCAUGGACCAAGGUCAAAGGAUUUUUCAUGGAGGCAUUGAUAAUGGGAGUAUACGUUGUAUUCCUGUGCUGGACAGCAAUGAAAAGCAAGCCAGAGACAAACCGCGACAAUAAAGAAAACACUGGUUCAAGUGUAAAUUGGAUAACGAUAGUUAGUUUUAUUGGUGAACUGGCCAGCGUAACAGUAGCUGCUUUUUCGACAGGCAGUGACUACAAAUGUAUACAGUUCAUGAACGUAGUAGAGUCGGAAAAUGGCAUACCACCAUAUGGCUAUGGCUUUUUCCAUUUUGUCUUUGCUACGGGCUCCAUGUAUUUUGGCAUGUUGUUUCUCGGCUGGGACACGCAUCAUGUAUCAGGAAGGUGGAGCAUGGAUGUCGGUUGGACAAGUACGAUUGUCCACCUAGUUAACGAGGGCCUAGCAGCAAUAUUCUUUGUGGUGGUGGUCCUUGCUAGGGCUUUUGGAACUAGUUGGCUCCAGCAGCUGCUUGGAAAGAUCUUUGGAACAGGUGGCCAGCAGCUCGCUGAUGAAUCUCAUUCCACAAUGGUCGCGAGAGCUGGGACGCACAACAAUAGGCCACCACAAGAGUCCCAUGUCCCGAAGCACGAGGGAAUUGAGAUGAGCAAUAUUAGCCCAUCGCAAGAAUUCCAUAGCACAAGACGUGAGAAAACUGAGACCGACAAUAAUGCGCCGCCACAAAGACCCCAUGCCACAGAGGCCGUGGGAUCUUCAUCGUCCUCCACGACGGGGGCUCUCCUUAGUACAUCAGAGCCCCAAGCGCCUGUAUUGGGAAGACAAUGGGGGGAGAUACGAGAAGAAUGGUGA